UGUCUUCUGCUUCUUCUGCCUGUGCCUCCGUCAUAUUGUUCUAAAAAAAUUCCAAGUGACUGAUGUAAAGUGAGAAAAUAUGGCGAGUCUUGGGGGCGAACAAUUAAUUUCUACAAAUAGUCAAUCAGAUCCAGCUCCAAUUGAUAGAAGCCGCGAGGGGAGUGUAGAAAGAAAAGAUAACGAAAAACAACAACAAGCAAUAAUGGAGUGUUCCAAAAUGACGUCAAGUCUGCAUUGGUUUGCUCAGGCUGGAGAAGAUUCCAAUUCAAAUCAAGCAGCCAGAGACCGUGAAGAAAAACUUCGACUAGCCAAAGAAAGGCAAAAUGAAGAAAGACAAAAGAAGAUUGAAGAGCUCAAAGCUCAGGCCGAGGCUGCACAAAAAUAUCGCGAGCAAAAAGAAGAAGAAAGGAAGCGUCGUAUCGAAGAGAUAAGACUCCGAGAUACCGAAAAGCGACAACAGGUCGAAGAAAGAAAGAAAGCAAUCAUUGAAGCCGAAAAAGAACGCCGCGAGUAUAUACUUCGAAAGAAUCAGGAGAGAGAGGCCAGAUUAGAGGUUAAGAAACGCGAUAGAAAUUCAAUUGGUUUUGCUUUUGGUUCAUCAACACCUCGUCUAUUGGAGCCUGCCGAUUUUGGAACGGUUUCGCCCAGCAUUUAUUGGGGUCAUCGACGGUCAACGUCUAUAACAAAUGUUGCUUAUACUGGUGCUCCACUCUCACGUCGAAGUUCCGAGAGGGAGCUUGCAGACGGCUCAAAAAAGCGAGCAACAUCAGCCAGUGGAGCGGAUCGACAUGACGAUCAUCGUCGUAAGUCAUCAUCAAUGUACGAGGUUUUUAAUUGGGGAUAUUCGAAUGAUGAACCUCCCAAAAGGUUCUCCCUAUCUAUUGUUGGAAGUGAAAUUAACAUAGGCGAGCCCCCUUCUACUACCAAAACAACAACACAGUGUUCUGCUCCUCGCAGACAGUAUUCAAAAAAUAUUUUCAAGGAAGAUAACGUCGAUUCAGCUCACAUUGCUUUUCGAAGUGUGGCAAGGAGAAAAACCGAUCUAAUGCCAACAAUCCCUAGCCCGAGGGACACUCAUUACGGAUCAAAAUCUUCUUUAAGCACCACUCCCAGAACGCCAGGACGUGCCUUUUCGAUGAACCGUCUGGAUCAGUUGGCGCAACCAAUUCGUCGAAAUGGCGAGCACAUUCGCGCCAUUGUCGAACGUGAACGACAACAUCAGCUUGAGAUGCUGAUGGAAACUGAAUCGUUAGAUUCGUCCAGUAUGGCAGCAUCAAAGAGAAGCCGCAACCACAGCAACGGAGGAAGCCGCAAAAAUAUGUCUCGCAGCAUGACUCACUUAGUAUCGUCUGGACAUUCGAAGUUAAGCCUUUCGAAGCAUAUCGAUUCAAAUGGAUCAACCUUCCGUCCAUUAAAUGAAAUGGAAUGCAAGGUUUUAAAUCAAAUAACAGCUCGCAGAAAAACCACCCAGAGUAGUGUUUCAACAGGUUACCGAUCUGGUGAUGUGACACCAGGUGGCAGCAACAACACUUCUAGACCAGGUAGUGCAAUGUCUACAUCCACAAAUAUGUCCAUGUCUGGAUACGUGCAUAGACGCCCUGCAACAACACCAAGAAAACCAAGGCCAGCUAGUAUUGCAGGAACUGGUGUAUCACUUGAUGAAAUCAACAAACAAAGAGAAAAACACAGGACUCCAGUGAAGAAUAGUACUCAAACUACUCCAAAACGCUCGAGUCUUAUGACGACUUCUACGUCUUCAUCUCGUGUUUCUAGUGUCGAAAGGAAAACUCCAGCAAAGAAGGAUGUCGCUCAAAAUAGAGUACAGACCACACCGAAAUCAUCUCUUUCUAAAACUUCUAGUUCGGAGAAACUUAAGGAUAAAUCCAAAGAAAUGACUCAAUCCUUGAUCUUAGAAAAUCCGAAAACAAAAGAUGAAAAGAACGCCCUCAAUGUUGUUAAGACAGAAGAAGCAUCAGAACAGCAAGUAGUAACCAUUGAUAGUUCCCCAUCAGAUGUGGACACAGAAACAAAAUCCAUUGGUGAAACAGUAAUUUCUAAUACUAUUGAAACCGAAUUAUCAGAGGAAAAGGCAGAUCAAGGUAAUGAGAAAGAAAUAAAAAAAGAGGGCAACAACAGCAAGGAGGGUUCCGUAGUCCGAGAGGUGCAACUUUUGUCAGAAAAAGACAAACAAGACAGUAAUAUUAACGAUAUGUCAGCUUCUAUGAUAGCCAAAUCUAAGAUAACUACAGAAGAAGAAGCAAAGGCUGCAUUGGCAGAACGCCGUAGGGUUGCCCGCGAAGAAGCCGAACGUCAAGCUGAGCUUGAGCGCCAACGUUUAGAAGCUGAACGUUUGGCUGAAAUUAAACGACAAGAAGAAGAGGCCGAGAGAGAGCGCAAAUUCGAAGAGGAAGCUCAUCGCUUGGCUCAGGAACAGCGUAAAGCAGAAGAAGAACGAUUGCGUCAAGCAAUUGAGGAGGUAAGUCGGCGGGAAGAAGAAGAACGACUCAGACGCGAGGAGGAAGAGAAGCAAAGAGUGGAACGUGAAGAAGCUGAGAAAAAGGCAAAGGAAGAGGCGGAGAAGCAAAAAAUUGAAGUAGCCGAACGCCUGAAACGCGAAGAGAAAGAACGUGAAGAGAGAAGAAAACGCGUUGAAGCGAUUAUGUCUCGAACAAGAAAAGCAGGAUCUGCAAAUACGCCCAAUUCAACACCUGUAAAGGAAAGCGAAAAUUCCAAAGCCGAAAAGGUAGUCCCUCCAGUACAAACACCUGUGACUGAAGUCAAAUCUUUAAUUGACGAUAGCAUAAAAAGUCAAACAGACGUGACUGCGACCCCAAUAACAGCAACAUCAGAAUCUAAGGAAAAUGUUAUGGCUUCAAACGAUAAUACUGCUGCCACAUUAGAGCCACAAAAUUCACAGGCCAUGUAUGAACAAUCUGUUAAUGACAAAGAAAGCGCAUUAAUGAAGAGUUUUUCUGCUAUGAUAAUUGAUGAGAACACUAAGAAUUUGCAUAAUCUUCAACAAAACCAAUUGGUUGAUGUAACAAAUGGUAAAAUUCCCGAAUUCCCCAGCAGUGAAGAUCUUCUUCACAAUACAGUGGCGAAUGGAAAUGGCCACUUAGAGAAUAUUAAUAAUAAAAAUGAAAUUAAUAUUCUUCAAGAUGUUUCCUCAACGAAUCAACUAAUUGAUCUUAGUAUUGAGUCACAAGAUAUCAACAACGCUGUGAAUUUCAACAAUAACAAUAGCUUAUUGGCAACUACAACUACCCUAGUCAAUGCUGAUAGUCACGAAAAUAAAGAAAUAUCUUUGCUAUGAGUCUAAACAAAUAGAAAUUAUGUUGGACUACAAGCAACGAGGAAUGAAUGUUUUCAAGAUGUGCGUAAAAAAGAUGGUUACUAGACCUUAAGGCUAAACAUUAGUUUAUAGAUAAAUACAAUUAAAAAAAAAUAAUGAAAAAUGUUCCUCCUCAAGAUGUGUGGAGUAAAAAAAAGUAUGUGUAUUAAAAGUGAAACAAAGCGUAGUUACAAACAAAACAUAAAACGGAAGGCAAAAGAGCAUAAUAAGAUGGCAAAAAUGGAAUAUCUAAUGUAUUUUCGCAUUAUAAGAUACAAAAAAAGUAAAAAAAAAAAACAAAAAACAAAUAUAUUUAUAUUAUAAACUUACUAAUAUCUAAUUAACAAAUAUUUUUCGAUUGUACGCAAUAAAUUAUUACUAUUAUUAUUAUAUUAACUAUAUUAAAACUAUUCUAGAAGUUAGAAAAAAGUAGAGAUUUAAUGGUGAUUGCAAUACCUACGGUAUUGCACGUAGUAUCCUCAAAAAUAAUAAAAAAAAAAAACAUAAAACAAACAAAAAAUAACUGCUACAAUAUUCAACAUUCAGCACAAAAAUAUCAUUUUGUCACUUUAUUGAUUGAUUGAAUAUUUCCAUUAGUUUUUCAAAUUGUAAUCAGCACUAUCACAGAAUCUUUGAAAUACUACUAUGAAAUUAAACUCAAAAAAUAUUUCACAGAAUCCUUUUACAAUUUCUGAUCUCACGAACUUUUAUUGUAAAGAGAUCUUGUGAUUUUAAUUGUUUGUAAUUUGCAGGAUAAGCGUUUACAGUGGAUUCUGUGAUAGAGAUGAAUAUAGAGCCGAUAAUAAAAUAUAUUUCACACUAUAAGAACGAGAUUAAAUUAAUAAAUUGAUAGCUUUUUUUACACAUACCUACAUAUUUAUAUGAUUACACAAACUUUGUGCUUUUCGUUAACCUACCACUCACUAUACAAGGGCAACAUGAAAAUUACAUAAUUUAUACAAAGCAGAAAAUAAUUGCGAACAAAAAACUACAGUAAAAAAUAAACUUCUUACGUAUAACGUACUAAUAACUAAUUUAAUUAUAUACAGUACCCAUUUACCAAGUAGGAGUUAAAAUUUAUCAAAAAUGCUUUACCAACUAUAUAAAUUAUAUAAUGUACGUGUAAACAGAAAAAUAUUUGUUCGUUUCGAAUCAUUUUCUUAUAGUCUUAUAUAUUCUAAAAAAUAUCACUUUGAAAAAAAAAAGAAAACAAAAAUCUUGCACCGUCGAAUUUGCCGAAUUCACAAAAACAAAAAUGUAUCUAAAAUAAAAGCAAACAAUGCCACUUUUUACUAAUAAAAUCAAUUAAGCCAGUUUUUAUUGACAGUGGUGUUGUAGUUUGAGUUUCUCACCCGAAUUACAGAAUGCGUCGUAAUCGAUCUUUUGCAGCAGGUACUUACUGGCUCUAUAAAAAUGGCUUGGUUUGUAUCUAUUCAUGCAUCUUUUCCACUGAAAUCUUCUUCAACCAUGACACAUCACAUAAUUUGACACCUCGAGGGGAACGGACACUUUGGCCAACAUGAGGAAAUACCCUCUUUUGUUAGUCAGAAGGUUCUGAACGAAUAAUCCGUCCCUUACUUACUUGUUUUAAUCUUUCAUAAUUUAAGAUAAUACUGCAAUUUUAUGUUUUACAUGCUGGAAAUAAAUUUUAAAUAAAAUUCUCGUAUUCUGUCUAGAAUUUUCAAAAAAAAAAAUGUAAAAUUCCAAGAUAAAGAAAAUGCAUAUUGAUGUGCUUGAAGUUUUCAGCUACUUCCUCAACCAUGCUGUUCUUACUGUCUUGUCCAAUAUUCUUGGCAUAAGUUUUUAAUUACAAAUGGAUCCUGUGAUAGUUUUUUAUUUGUAUCAACAUCAAAAUCCCGAUUACGAUAAAUUCUGUAAUAAGGGUGAUUAAAUCAAUUUACAAUCGUUUUAUUUGUCGUUUAGUUUAUUAUUAUGUAAUUAGGAUAUUAUAAUAAUAAAAAGGUAUGUAGUUAGUGUAACGUUUAUAAUCAUGUAUAAUGUAUAUUUAUAUAAACUGUUUAAUUUGUUAAUUGUUUUAAAAAGCAAACAUAUUAUUUUAAGAUAUAAACAAAUUAAUUACACACAUUUACAUCUAUAUUUUUUCAUGUUGUCUGCACUUUUUUUAUUUUUUCAAAUAAAAUUUACAAAAUUACACCCAAUUGCCUUUUAAAUUUGUUUAAUUCGAUUGGAAAACUAAACGAAUUUCUCCUUAUAGGUAUUCAUUUUUUCACCACAAUAUAUGAUUAUAUAUAUAUUUAUAAAAGAAGUUUAAAAUAAACAACAACAACAAAAACAAAAAACAAAAAAACACAUCAUAUAAUUAAAAUAUGCAUUAAAAUUCAAAAUAUUUUAAGUUGCAAAUAAUUUAUAAGAAACUAUACUGUUACAGCAUGUUUGUUUAAGCAAGGGUAAUUUUGAUUAAAGUUGCUUUUAUGUUAAAUUUAAUUAAUGAAAAAGUAUGUAUUAUCAAAAUAUAUGUAUAACUUAGUUAAAAACAUGUGUAAAACUCUAUUAUACUAUGAUAACUCCCAAAUCUUACAUGCAUAAACUAUAUGAAAAACGUAUUCAAAAGUUAUAAUAAACAAUUCAAAAAGAACAAAACGUGUGAACACAACAUUUA